AAAAUUUUAAAAACUUUUCUUAUAUUUUCUCUUUGAAAAUGUCUAAAAAAGCCAAAAAGAAACCCAAAGAAAUUGACUGGUCUGCAGAAGCAAAUUUCGAUAAAAAUCGUUCUAUUAUCUAUAUAGAACAUUCCCUGGAAUGUCCAAUUUUCUCCAUAAAGGCAGAGGAGUUUUUGAAAUAUUUACAAAUGCAAAUACCCGACAGACAAUUUGUUUUAAUACGCAAUCAAUAUGGUAAAUUAGAGCCAAGAGAGGGUGCAUUUGAAAUUGAAUUUUCACAACAUGCACGCACUUCCAAGCACAAUUUGUGGUCAGGUUUAGAUAGAGGACCACCUAGACGUGAUAAAUUUCCAAAAUUUGAAACAUUAAUGCCAGAAGUGCAAAGAGUUUUAAAGAAAUUCUAUCCAGAUGUAGUGGCCAAUAUAGAGGAGGAUAUAGAGGAAGGGUAAACAUUAAUAGAAUAACUCAUUUUUAUAAAAAAAAGUUUUGAAAUUUUAAUGGAAAUGCCAAAAAUCUAAAAAAUAGAAAAAGAA